UUUUGUUGUUCAUUUGCUGCCGCCGAUGCCAAUGCCAAUUUAUGAAAUUCAUUUUUUGCCUACGUUGUGAUUAUUUAUUCAAAAAGUUGGCCUCGACCAGCGUCUGCUCGCUCCUGCAGUUAUAUCCUAUAUCCUGCAGCCUCGCAGGACUCACAGGACUCGCAGGACGCGCGCCCUCUUUCCCACACACUUUCGUUGUAAUUGCCAUUGUUGUUUUUGUUGUUGUUGUUGUAGUUGUUGUUUUUGUUGUUGUUGGUGGUGGUGGCAUUGAGAGUUGUGAGUUGGGUGAUUGGGUAAAUAAAUUAAUAACACAAUUUAUGCAUGACGCACAUUUAUAAUUACAUUUGGAAAUAAUUUAAUUAAAAUUGUUAACGCUUGAUUGAAGUUAAAUCGAAUCGAAUCGCAUCGAAUCGCAACGAACAAGACAGAGGUCCUUACAAAAAAGCGACUUAAUUAAAUUAGCCCAUCGCAUCGAUGGCAUCAUAAUAUAAUAAAAUGCCAACAAACUGACCAAUUGCCAUAUCGGCCAACCGAAAUCAGUUUUCCUAGUCCUUCGAUUCCUUCGUUUCCGGCACCAAAAAGGACAUUCGAGCAAAGGCUUGUGUGUGCGGUUGCUCAAAUAAACCGAUCAGCAGUAACGGUAAUUAAAAGCCAACCAAAUGACCAAAUAAGCCACACCACACCAACAAAAAAAAAACAACAAAAAAACCAAAGAAAAAAAAAGGAGGAAAAAUUGGGAAAAUGGUGAAAAGGGGGAAAGGGGGAAAAGGAAAAGAACUGUGUGUGUAUGCUGAUGGAAAUCUUAGAAAAAUAAUACAACCUGGACAUGGACAUACGACCAAAUGACACAAAGCCAGAGAUACCCUAUAAAAAAUCAACCAGAAAUGUUGGCUAAUAAAUUGCCUCACUUGCCGAUCAAAACAAUGUUGCAAACAUUAUUAACAUUACAAAUGUUUAUUAAUUAACAAAAAAAGCGCAUUUUAAUUUGAAACAAAUCAAAUCAUUUCGUUCAAAGAUAAAGCUAAAGAAUCAGCAAAACAAAUUGGGCAAUAAUAAAAGUGAAUUUGUGUCGCGAAGAAACUUUGAUAAGCUACAGGGUAUUUCCAGGGUAAGCGCUAAUAGCUGUUUGAGCAUUCGAAUUGAAAGACCACAAUGCACACUCACACACACUCACACACACUAACACACACACAUAGUUAAAAGCAGAUAAGGCAAAAGCACACACUCGCAUAUGUAAGCAGUAAAUCAACAUGAGAACACACACACACACACACACACACGCAACUGAGUGUAAAUAUGUGUUGGUUAUGCCCACAAAUCAAUUAAGUCGAUUGGGGCAACAUUUUCGGGUGGUAACACACACCCUCACACACUCGCACACACACAAGAAAACGGUAAAGAGUUGUUAAGCGCCCAAAUGACACAUGCAAAAGUGGAGAAAAGCACUCAUCAAAAGAACCGCGAAGAAGUCGAAUAUUCUGCUCCCAAAACAUAAAAAAAAUCUAGCAAAUUUAACAGCCAAGAAAGAAAGCGUUGCAUUUGAUGAAAAACAUUUGCUCAUUUCCGGUUCCAGUGUUGGUAAACUACUUAACAAGCAAGCAGCUAAAGAAUUGCAGUUUGCAAGUUGGUAAGUGAUAAAUAUAAUUGUCUGGUUGCUAAUAGCAUAGAAUAGAACUCAAUAGAAUAUACAAUAUUACAAAAAUAUAUAUUAUAAGUCAGAAAAGAAACGAUUUCUAGUAAACGAUUUUCUUAGUAACUGCAUAAAUGCAUAACAGAACUAUGGCAUCAUAAUGAUAUUUUUGUUGCUCUCUUUUUGAAUCUCCUAUAAUUCAAAUGUCCAAUUUUGAUAACAGACUAAAGUAGCCAGCUAUUAAACUGUUUUGAAAUGGAUAAACAUAUAUGGAGAUAUUCCAUCAAAAUAAUAUAAAAUACAGCUAAUGUUAAGUACUAUAAGCUCUCAUAAUUAUAUAGUAGUAAUUAUCCCUGUUUGUUCAGAAGCCCCAUAUAAAACAGAUUUUUCGAGUUGAGUGCCAGGAAAGCAGGCAGUUUGUCGGUACGACGCUGGCCAACGAGUGCAAACGAAUGCCAGCGAAUCCUGGGCCGAAGGACUAAGGACGAAGGACGAAGGACGAAGGACGAUGUGGCACUCUGACUGCCGGGUAGUAUAAAUACCGGAGACACACGGCCGUCGGCCAUCAGUUCUGCCAACGAUUUCACAUUGGACGCGUGCCACGCGCUGCUUGCUCCUCAUCGUCCUUGCCACGAGCAUCGCAACUCGCCGCAGACUUCUGUUUGUUUGUUUGUUUUUUUUCUUGUUCCUCUGAUUGUGCACGUGCAGCAAAUUCCAAGUUCCAAUGUUCACCAAUUGGCUGACUGGCAGCAGCAACAGCAGCAGCAUCAACAGCAGCACGCCGGCCAUUCGGUCGUCGGUAGCGGGCAUCGUUGGUGCGGUGGGCAGUGGGACAGCCAGUGGAGUUAGUGGAGUUAGUGGAGUUAGUGCCUCCGCUUUGGUCAUGAGCUCGCCGCCGGAUGUCAUCCUGGAGGUGGGUCCGGCGCCCAGCAAUGUCCGCUUUGUGGCCCACUCCCUGGUGCUGGGCAUGCACAGUGGCUAUCUGCGUUCCGCCAUUCGUUUGGAUGAGGCAACCACCGCAACCGCCGCCUCUGCAUCUGCAUCAGCAUCCACAGCAGCAGCAGCAGCAGCAGCUGGUGCAUCCGCAGCAGCAGGCGCAUCCGCAACAGCUGGCAGUUGCAGCGCAGCAGGCGCAGCAACGACGGCAACCGGCGAACUGCUGCUGUAUCUCGGCAAUGUGACCGCCGAUCAGUUUGCACCGCUGCUCACCUACAUGUACACCGGCUAUCUGGACUUGACCGUGGACAACAUCUUUGCCGUGCUGCUGGCCACCCAUGUGCUGCACAUGCCACGUGCUCUGGAAAUCUGCCGCUCGUUUUUGGCGCGCGCCCAAACGGAGGGCUAUUUGAACGGCAAUCCCGCCCAGCUGUGUCCAGUGCCCAGCAUUCCCGCCAAGGUCAUCCGCCCGAUACCCAGCAAGGCCACCAUGCCCAACUUCGGCUUUCUGCCCAUGCCACAAGGUGCUCCAAGUGCUCAUCCAAGUGCUCAUCCAAGUGCUCAUCCAAGUGCUCAUCCAAGUGCUCAUCCAGCUGCUCAUUCAACUGCUCAUUCAACUGCUCAUUCAACUGCUCAUUCAACUGCUCAUCCAGCUGCUCAUUCAACUGCUCAUUCAACUGCUCAUCCACCAGCUCAUCCCACUGCUCAUCCAGCAGCUGCUACUCCCACGCUCAGUUCCUUUGGCUCCAACUCAUCCCACAUGGAGCACCACGAGUCCACGUCGCUGCUGGAUGAUGCCAACGCUGCGGACGAGGACGAGGAUGUGGAGGUGUUCAUCGACAGCAAUACGAUGACGGAUAACGAGGCGGAUCUCGAGCCGGACGUGGACAUGGACUGCAAUGUGUCGGUGGUAAGUUCGCUGGACAGCCUGAACAUCGAGCGUCUGGAUGUGAAGCCACCCACGCCAACAGCAACAGCAACAGCAACCACCUUGCCACCAAUGGUGGCCACUGCUGCUGCUGCUGUGGCUGCCACCAAAACCAAGUCCCAAAGUGUAACGUCGAAAGGUGCCAACUCCAGGCGGGAUUCGCAUGCGAAGGGCAGUAGAACGAAAUCGAAUGCGUCCAGCAGCAGAUCCCGGAAAUCCAGUGGCCUGCAGGUGGCCAGGGCACCGAUACCAGCUGCCCAAUUGGAUUUGACACCCAAUGCCACACCCAUAACGCCCACGAAGUUCAUCAUCGAUGUGGCCAGUUGCGAUGGACCGGUGCGUUUUCGUCGCAUCUUGAACACGGCCUACGGCCACAAGCCGCUGGAGGCGAUGGAUGCGACAAACACGGCUGCUCCAGCUGCAUCCACAUCCAUGGCGGUGGAGCAACAUCGCAGCCAGCAGAGUGUCAGCUAUUCGUUUCACCAGCAAAUGGCCCGUGCCAUCAGCAGUCAGCAGCGGCAGCUGAGUCACCAGCAGCUGGAGGAGAGCGAGAAUAGUGGCGAUGCCACACCACCAGCGACGCUGGGUGGCAGCAAGCAGCCACGUGCCACUGCAUCUGCCACAUCUGUUGGCACUAGGAAGUCACCGGCAACUGGAGCUGCAACUGGAAAUGCAACUGCAAGCAGUGGCAAUCAGGAGCUGUAUGUGUGCGUCUAUUGCAAGCACACCUUCAAGUCGCAGUACUGCUAUCAAAAGCACGCCAAGCGACACCUCAACCCGCUGACAUUGACCACCACCACCACCACCACCACCACCACCGCGGAGAAGAAACUGCUGGCGGAACCGGCCGCCGCUUCCAUGGCCAGCAGCUCCGAAAUGGAACACACAUCGUUGGCUCAGAGUGGCGCCACAAAUGCAGUUGUUGCAAAUGGUGCAACAGCAGCAACAGCAGCAGCAACAGCAGCGGCAGGAGGAGGAACAGCAGCAACAGCAGCAUUGUUGCGACGAGAGGUGCGACCGCUGGACAUGAAUGUGCAGUAUUAUCCAUGCAAAACGUGCGGCAGCAAGUUUCCCAGCUACUAUUUCGUGCACAAGCAUCGCAAGAUGUGCCAUGCGGAUGAGAUUGAGGCGACUGCCACCAGCAACACGAGCAACACAAGCAACACGAGCAACAAUAGCCACAAUAGCAGCAGCAACACGAGCAGCAACAGCAACACAAGCAGCAGCAACACCAGCAGCAGCAACUGCAGCAACAACAACACCAAACGCGAGGAUCAGCAGACACAGCAGCAACAUUAGCAACAUCAGCAACAUUAGCUACAUCAGCAACAUUAGCUACAUCAGCAACAUUAGCUACAUCAGCAACAUUAGCAACAUCAGCAACAUUAGCAACAU